GGGGCCGUCUGAUCCUGGUUGGGGGAUUAGUUUUUAAUGUAAAGUAGGAUUUUGUUGCAAAAGAAGAUCUAAGGACCCUUCUGAAGUCACCACCCCAAGACGCAAUCAUGCCUGGGGAAGUAGGGAAAACCGAUAUGGAGAGGAUUGGCCUCUUCAGUGAGAUGGAGUACAUUACCGUGGGAGAUAAAUAUGUGUCACCAUUUAAUCGCCCCUUUAAUGAGGCUGCAAGCAAAAAUAGACAGAUGCUACCCGGGGGAUCAAAGGAAAUGUCCCAUCUCCAGGCUGGGUACUUCGAGCCCCAGUUCGCAAGGGUCUUUGAAGGGGAAGGCUAUGUGAGCCUGAACCAAGUGAGGAGGCGGCAUAUGAUGGCAGAAGCCAAGAAAAACCUCAGCAAAGCCUUCAUCCCUAGUAGUGGAGAGAAAAAACCAAGCGGAUUAGGAAGCUAUUAUGGAACAAUUGGUGGUCCGAUCCCAUUCUUCAGUGCGCAGAUAAAACCCAGGGACAAAUAUCAGCCACCUGGAAAGAAUUUAUACACCAACCCAGGAAAAAAAGGAACUGGAUAUGGCUAUGCCAAUAUUACCAUAGGCAAGCAGCUUCCACACUCCGCCGACUUAUAUGAUGCUGCCAAACUGAAUUAUAAGAAAGAUAAUGAAGAACACCAUCGGCUACUCAAAGGGACCCCUUUCAAGUUGAAUCUUCACCCUAAGGAAUAUUUUGAUAGUAACCCUUAUUUUCUGGAGAAUCCUUUACCUCCACUCAGAAGGGAAGAAAAGAAGGAGUCCAUCUUGAAGCCUUUUAAGCCCUCCUCUCCUGGUAAAAAGCCUGGUGGCAUGAAGGCAGGGACAUUUGAACCUUACCCAGCACACUCAGCUGACCCUUAUGUGGUUAAAUUAGGAAAAGUGAUUCCUGGGAAAGGGGAGAAGGUUUUCCAUCCCCCAAAUGGACCGAAAAGCAGACCCAUGGAAAGUAUAAUGGCGCUGAAUGUCAGAAGGGCACUAAAUGUGAAGAACUACAAGACUGCCUCGGCAGACAUUCUGGGAAAGCAGCUGGUUUUCUAGCUCCUCUCAGUAGCUCACCGGAAUGCACACACAGUGUUAUGGAAUACAUAGUUCCGUAGCUUUUAAAGAAAAUUCAAA